GCCCACCCGAGCACCCCCCUGGCUCCGCCCCCCCCGGCGGCGCAUGCGGGGUUGGGCGAAGCAGUUGAUGGGCUCUGGCGGGGCCAUGGCGCGCGGGUUGCUGCCGCGCUACCUGCUGCUGCUGGCGCAGGAGAACCUGGAGUUCCGGCUGCCGGAGAUAAAGUCCUUGCUCUCACUUUGUGGUGGACAAUUCAGCAGUCAACAAGAAAUUCAUAUAAAUUCUCCAUUUUGGAUUCUCAGUAUUCCUUCAGAAGAGAUGGCAAGGGGACUAAUGAGAAGGACAGUAUGUGCAAAGUCUAUAUUUGAACUGUGGGGUCAGGGAAAAUCUGCAGAGGAGCUGUUCACAUCUCUGAAGAACUACCCAAUGGAGAAGAUGGUUCCAUAUCUACAGUCAAACUCAACAUACAAAAUACAUAUUCAUGCAUUUAACAAAACACUGAUACAAGAGGAAAAAAUUAAAAGGAUAGAUGCUCUGGAAUUUCUGCCAUUUGAAGGAAAAGUGAAUUUAAAAAACCCAGAACAUAUCUUCUGGAUUCUGGAAGAUUAUGGAAUGGACCCUAACAACAUUCCAGAAGAACCUCUUGAUUUGUAUUUUGGUAGAUGGAUUGCGGAUGGGCAAAGGGAGCUUAUUGAGUCAUACAGUGUAAAAAAGAGGCAUUUUAUUGGGAACACAAGCAUGGAUGCCUGCUUGUCUUUCAUCAUGGCAAACCAUGGGAGAGUAAAAGCAAAUGAUGUCGUGUUUGAUCCAUUUGUUGGAACAGGCGGCCUUCUUAUAUCCUCUGCACGUUUUGGAGCAUAUGUGUGUGGUACUGAUAUAGAUUAUAACACUGUCCAUGGAUUAGGCAAGGCAAGCAGGAAGAACCAGAAGUGGAGAGGACCAGAUGAGAAUAUCCGAGCUAACCUUCGGCAGUAUGGUUUAGAGAAGUACUAUCUUGAUGCACUCGUUUCUGAUGCAUCAAAACCUAUAUGGAGGAAGGGAAUGCUUUUUGAUGCAAUUAUUACAGAUCCUCCAUAUGGCAUACGAGAAGCUACUAGACGAACUGGUUCACAAAAAGAAAUACUUAAAGCAACGGAAAGGGGCACAGAAAAUCACAUCUCCAUUUCCUCGAACUAUCAUCUGAGUGAUAUCUUUUUUGACCUGUUAAACUCUGCGGCAGAGUACCUGGUGAUGGGAGGAAGAUUGGUGUACUGGCUACCGGUUUACAGACCUGAAUACACAGAAGAGAUUAUACCCCGGCACCCCUGCCUGAAACUUAUUAGUAACUGUGAGCAGAUGCUUUCCAGCCACACGUCAAGGCGCUUGAUAACCAUGGAAAAGGUGAAAGAAUUUGAGGACAAAGACCAGUAUUCUCACUUGUUGGAUUAUCAGUCUUUGCUAUACAAGGGUCACAAUUCCUUCCGUGAGAAGUAUUUCAGUGGUGUGACAAAGAGGAUUGCCAAGGAAGAAAAAGACAACCAGAAGUAAAGAAAAAAUAAAAUAAACAGAUUAAAAAUGAGGAAAGUAUGAAGAUUGUAUUUCUUUGUAAAGACAUCUGGAUGCUUCAGAAAGCAAAUACUGUUUUUAAUUUUUAAAAAGUCACAAUGAAAACCACAACAUAGGUUAAGAACAGUUCUUUUUAAUUAGCUUUGUUUAUAGCAGAUUUAUUGUACAAGUUUUUUGAGCCUUAUUUAAUUUAUAUUAGUACUUUCAAGUACUAAUGAUGAUUGACUAAAACCAUUAUUAUUAUUCUUUUACCACUAACUUUUACAGAAAAUAGUAGUAUUGUUUGGCUUCUUAAACUGUGAACAUCUGGAUGCUUUAGAAACACGUACUAGAGAUCAAGGUUUGCUCAUUAGGAAUAUUGCUUUCAUUUGUUUUGUUUUUUUGUAACUGAUACACAAUAAAAACCAACAGAGCUUGUUGUGACUUUUUAAAAUUGUGUUGCAUGCAACAGAUUCUCAUGUGAAUUCUUACUGCCAUGUACUAGGCCAGCUAUGUUUAAAAAACAAAACAAAAAAACAGCCUCUAGGAACUGAGGACUUGACAAGGCUUGGAGAGGCUAUUAAACCCCAUAAAGCCUGUCCACAUCCGAAGUUCAUCUGUACCUUGGAUUUGCUGUUGCAUUCCUAAACUUUGACUGCUGGUCAAGCCAACUGUCUGCAAUUUUUGAUUCAGAAACUGAUAGUUAAAGCAGUAAGAACAACAAAAGAUUUGGUAAUGGUUUCUUAAUGGUAUUAAGUCUGAUCAGCUCUUUGAAACCGAAGUUGUAUUUCUUAAUGGGAAAACUUUGCUGGACCUACAUUGUAUCCAUCGUGAAAAUAUCUUGCUUGAAAACUACUAGACACAUUAAUGGAGGAUAUUAAUGGCUUUACGUGCUUUUGGUGGUCAAAUAUACCUGAGCAGGGCAUUGGUGAAUGUAUCUAUUUGUUCCAGGUAGAUAGAGCCCCAUUUCUUAAUUUACUGCAAGCUGUUGUGGUCAUAGAAUAGUCUGCAUAGAGUGGUGACCUCCAAAAAGCCAGUGAUACUUAGGCAGGCAAGAGUCUGCAUCUCUUCGGUUCAUUGACUUAUUUCACCUUCCCUUGUGUUUGACUCUGAGGGCAUGGCUACACUGGAGAGUUUACAUCAGCGCAGCUGCGACAAUGUAGCUGCAUGGCUGUGAGCUGUCUAAUGUAGCUCCAACAGAGCUCUCCUGUCAGCUUAACUACUCCAGCCCUGUGCUCCGUGAGCAGCGGUAGCUAUGUUGGCGGGAGAAGCUCUCCCACCGACAUAGUGCUGUCCAUGCCGGCACUUUAAUUGGUGUAACUUGUGUUGUACAGGGGGUAAUUUAUUCACCAGCAAUUAGGGUUAAUACCUUCAGGGUACACUGUAUUUAAAAUGCAGUUGUUAUUGUUGCAUAGUAUGUGCCUUCUCUAGUGGAAGGGGGUACUUUCUCUAUCAGCCCCUUAAAGCCAUCUGCCUGGAGAGGUUUUCAUAUACUAAUUCAAAUUGAAUUCUCCAGGGACUAACAGAAAAAGAUGAUUUUUGGAUUAAUAACCUGGUUUUAAGCUGGUUCCAGCACCUGUGUCCUGAGACCCUCUAAGAUUGGGUGCCUGUUCUGAGCAGAAGCUAUGAUGAACUUGUUACCGCAAAGGAAACCCUCUGGGUGGGGUGUUAGGAUGGUGUUAGAGUUAGGAUGGUGCCUGGUAAGUUUAUGAGCAUGUACGUAGGUUCUUCUGUUGUUUUUAACAUGGUUUUUCUCUGUAGUGCUUUUACCUUCAACAUAAAGUCGGCUUGCAGAGAAAACUGUGUGGUAACUUAUAACUGUAGCAAUUACACCUUGGGCAGGCUGUCCUGCUGGGAAUAACACAGUGAAGGGAACUGUGCAGCCUGGCAAUAUGCUGGGAGAAGGGUGAGAUGGGGGCUCUACCUGAGAGAGACAAUGGCUGGGGAGCUGGAGGCCUGAGAGUGGGGGCCCUUGCUGGACCACUGAGGGGAAGUACAGGUGCAGUUGCCCUGAAAUGAGGCAAGCAAUUCACACAUCACGUUAAGUAACUGAAGAGUACCACAUUCCAACUGAAAGUACAAGUGGAAUUUUGGCACUGGUGUUACAUCCACUGUUUCAGAAUAGUACAAAAUUUAAAAAGUCAGCUAAAGAAGCAUCUCUCUACCAACUGUUGUCUCUUAGGAGCAGCCUCAAUUGUCUAAGCUCUUUGGUCAAUUUUUUUCCUUAUCUGACAUCCCUGUAGCAGACUCUCCAAUUAUGUACCCAAUGUAUGGAUGCUGCUGUUUUGACUGUGUGAAUGCUGUGAUGCAGCUGCCAUGCUUUCUGUAAUGAAGGAUCCUUUCAAGUUUGUGGACUGGGGUCUCCUCUCCAUUAUAGAUGGAUGGAUUGUCCUUCCUUGGAGGAAUCAGCCAUUAAUAGCAGAGGUUUUUGACAUCCUCCACCCAAGCUGACUCUAUCCCAUCUCUCUUGCUCAGAUUCCAGUUAGUUUCCUGCCUUAUCAUUGAUACACCUUUAUUAGUCUCCUAUAGUAAAUGUAAGGGGAUUGUGAAAACUUUUGUCUUUGAAUAAGGGGUAACCAAUCUGAAUAAGUUGAGAAACAUUGCUUUAAGAGAAGGGCCAACGUCCUCACAGAAUGGACCUGUACAGAGAACUAGUGAGUGCUGGUGUGGAAGAAAACAAGUUCUCGCUCUGCGUUUGUUAGCAACAAGUCAGACAGUUUACUACGAGCAAUUGAAAGGGAAGCUGCAGUCGGACAGGUGGUCCCCUGACCUUAGGCAGUUCCUCCCCCUACAAGCAGCGUAAGACAAGUAUUUAUACUUUCCUGUUACAUACAUCAAUGGCUAACGAUUAUUCUUUGUUUAUGCAAAUUCCCUCCAGACGCUACUUUAUUUUAAGGUUUCUGCUUAAGUCAGCAUUUUAUCCUUAUAAACUAAAAAGCAAGGCGAAAACAGCAUCUCUUACAACUCUCGCAUGAUUAGGGUUACUUUUCACUCUAUCCUUAAAUUGAUUAAGACAUCUACCCCAGAUCCUCCUUUUUCUCUUUUUCUGCUUCCACACUGGCUAUUAUGGAACGAGAUCUUACUGCUCUUAGUCUCUCUUCUCCCCCACCCCCUCACUAGUGGUUAUUUCCUCUAUGCCCAGGGCUUUUUCGUAACCUGUGGAUUAUGAGCUAGAGGUGUAUGUGUCACAGGUGAACAUACUAAACCCUACAUAAUGCCCCCUCCCCACCACUUAUCAGGAACAACAAUGGUCCUGCCAGGGCAGCUGAGGGACAGGAGGGGGAAGUGUUCAGUCUGAGGCUAUUGCUUUUAUGCAGUAGUGCUCAUCAAACUUUCCUCCCCCUGCCAGUAAGUGAGCAGCUGCUGCGCUCAGUCAUCAGGAAUCUGCAGCAAUGUCCUUUCAGCAGGGCCACACUGCAGCUGGGUUAGUUCCCUUCACGGCUAUGUUGUUGCCUCCUUUCUGGGAAGCUCAGAAGCUGGGGAGGAGUAAGAGCCUAGUCUAGCAGGAACGGAACUGACCUGCUGCCAAGGAACACCACCUGUAGCCGCUCUUCCUUUUCCUGCCACUGUCGUGCUGGAGAUGAGUCCAUGGGAGUUGGCUGGUUUGUAAAAGACAUAAGAUGGGCACUUUAGGGAGAGGGACGUGAGUACUGGGGAGUUUAGGAAGGUGGAGACAGUAAACAUGUCAUGGGAGCAAAUCUGAGAAUGAGACUUGGAAGCCGAAAAGAAAAAAAGGUGAAAACAUCCAAAACUGGCCCCAAAUGAAAUGAAUCUGGAAAAAAAAAAUCCAUUUUGGUUUGAAACAAAUAACUUUGGGGGUAUUUUUUGUGGUUCUCAGCUCUAACUGUAACCAACAACAGCAGGGCUGAGCAUUUCCCCUAUACAGGGCACUUGUGGCCUGAGCUAACUUCAGCUUUGGGUAUAUGUGAUGUGAGCACUACCUCUCUCCUCCUCCUCCUCCAUUGUAGGUGUUAGGCUCUGAGUUGCCCGUCUGCCAUACUUCAGAUGGAUCUGGCUGUGAUGCUGGCAGGCCGGGUGCCAGUUCUUGCCCAGGCUGCAGGCGUUAACUAAGAACCGACAAAUUUAUAGCUGGAGACCAGACCAGUUCACCUGUAUAUUAGUUUUACUCAAAAUAAGUAUGAGUCUUAUAAGAAUGGAUUUAGUCUUUAGCCUCUGUGAAAUGCCUGUAAAUUGCUGUAUGCAUUAUUCUCACUUGUAAUGUCUGUAUUCCCUGCUAUAAGAAAAUAUGUAAGUUUCUUGCUUUAUAACUUUGAAACUGCUCUGAACUUGUGAACUGAGGCAUGGAAAUCGUCCCCCCUUCCCCCCAUCUAGAAGGACUAUCAAAAUCAGAUGAACCAUCAAGGAACUUCACAAAACAAAGGAUUGGUUAAUGGCUCUAUUGCACCUGGGAAAUGCUACAUGCAGGGAAGCUCGUCCUGUGGGCUUGGAAAAUGAAUGAAGGAAAUAAAGCAAAGCAAAGCCACAAGAAAUUUUUCCAUUUUCUUGGCUGUUUGAACUUUGAAGGACCAGAGACGGUAAACUGAAGCCAGAGAUCCUCAGAGGCUGCCUCCUGGAUCCACCCUGAAAGACACUUUUUGAAUUGACAGAUCACUACAAUUCUUUCGCUCUUAGGGUUUAGAUGGUAACUCUGUGUGUGUGUAUGUUUGCUGGCUUUAAUCUGUAAAUAACUUAUUCCUUUUUCCUUGUUAAUAAACCUUUAGAUAGUUUAUUACAGUAUUGGCUACAGGCAUUGUCUUUGAUGUAAGAUCAAGGAUACCAGUUAAUUUGGGGUGCAUGUUUGGUCUCUUGGGACUGGAAGCAACCUGAAUGUGGUAUGAUUUUUGGUGUACGUGACCAUUUAUCACUAAAUCUAGUUUGGCUGGCAAGAUAGAUUGGAGAGUCUAAGGGGACUGUCUAUGGCUUCCUAGUAAGACACUCAUAAUGAUCAAGGAGUUCACAUUUGUUACUGGCUUGGUGAAAUCUAAUUAAAGAACACACCACCAGUUUGGGGUGUCUGCCCUGUUUUUGACAGUCUGCCCUGAAGUAGGCACUCAUGGUCGUGAGCCACUCCUGACAGCGUGACACUGGUUUUUGUUAGUGUAUGUCCAAACCUUAGAGUUACUUAAACAUAUCUCUGGUUUUCAUUAAGAAAUAUGUAUUUUAGUGGGACUGAUACCUCACUUCUGUGGGAAUGUAUCAGUCGCAAUGCAAGCACACGUCCAUUAAUGCACAGUUGAGGACAAAUGAACAGGAACACCAAUCAUAAUCUUCCCAUCAGUGUAGUACUUCUGCCCCAGAAUAGGUUUUUUUCUCUGAAUAGAAUAGGGCAGCUACCCAGUGCCAGGGUAACUGCUCAUAGCAAAUUCCUCAUCAUUCUGUUUUGAGAUUCAUUGCAAACCUGGGGCCAGAUGCUGCUCCCACUGAAGAGAAUGGAGUUUUUGCUAUUGACUUCAUUGGGAGCAGGAUUAAGCCUCUAAAUAUUAGUAUCAAAAGGAACAAAAGGCAUCUGCAAUUCCUAUUAUCAUCUACUGGAUGAAUUUGUGAAAUAAAUAUGGUGGAUAAAUUCAGCAUGGGAUGUAUUAAUUCAGCUAUGAAAAUACUUUGGUUAGUGGGUUUGAGUGACUACAGAUUCUUAGCAAAGGUCAAAAUAACCUUUGCGUACAUAUGAACAAUUUUCCACUGAAUGCAUCCGAUGAAGUGACCUGUAGCUCACAAAAGCUUAUGCUCAAAUAGAUUUGUUAGUCUCUAAGGUGCCACAAGAACUCCUUCUUUUUGAGAAUUACGUGGGUAAUUCCAAGUAAUUUGGAAGGGCAUUUAGAUGUCCAUAUUUAUGCAGUAUCCUGUAUUGAAUUCUGUUUCUAUCUUUGACAGGAACUAGUGUGAUCUCGAGCAAGGUCACUUCUCUGGCCCCAGUUUACUCAUAUGUAAUUUGGGUUUAGUGCCUACUUCAUAAGGGUGUGCAAGGGCUUAAAGUCUGUAAAGAAGCCUUGAGAUCCUGAGGUGAGAGGUGCUAGGUAAGUACAAUAUGGUCUAUAUGGUAAUAAGGCACAGACUGUGGAUACACACAGUCAGAGCUAACAUCAUGGUCUCUACCAUGUAGGAUACCCACUUCUAUCCCUACUACAGCUGAUAAAAAUAAAAAGAUUGCAGGAUGUUUUUGAAAGUAGAGGCUGUUCAAAACUGGCAGUAAUAUUAGACAAGUUCUACAGCUGGUCAACCUCUCAUCCUACCCCUACUGCCAGACUUAAAAGCAAACAAACAAAAAAAGAUGAAAUUGGGGGGGAAAGGGGGAUCAAAUUAAAAAAUUCUCAAACUCAAAAUUUGGAAAAACUUCAGCCUGCUCUAGUCCCUAUUGCCAUUGGAAGUAGCUAUUGCAUGUUUCAGAAUAGAGGGUAGAAAUCCCCCCCCGCCCCCCAAAAACAAAAAACAAAAAACAAAAAAAAAAACCACAAACCCUUCUCCUUGGGCCACUGGGUCUUGUUACAUUUAUUUCUUACUAUGUUCACAGGCUUGGGGAGGUACUUCCCUGAAUUGGCUCCUGCUCUCUUGCUCUCCUAGUUUAUUCUAGAAUGUAGUUUGUAAAAUGAAGGCAUUUGUGCAUGUGUUUUUAAAGAGGGAGAAGACAUUUGUAUUAAACAAUCCCUGUCCCUAGGGGGAAUUGAACCAGUAGCUCUGAAAUUCAACACUGUAAUUUCAAGAGCCUCGGAGCGUUGUGUUACCUUUCAAAUCUUUCCUCUUCACAGGUCUCAGAAGGACAGGUGUAUGACUGGCCAAUGAGGAUGCAAGGUGACACAUGUUAAGGAGAGCUGCUGGUGAAAUUGAUGGUGCAUUAAAGUUACUUGCUAUUAAUUAUUUGAAAGUAGAUCAUUUUUGUUUAUUAACACAAUGGAUCUGGUCAGCCAUGUCACUUAAAGCAGUUGAUAAUGACAAUGGCUUGUAGAUAGGCUUGGAAGGAUUAGAUUUUUUUAUCAAUAAAUGUUGAUAAACAUCAAUUUUUGCCAUAGAGACACACACUGAUGAAAAAAUAUUUCCACUGAUGCUAAUUGAAAUGUACAGAUAGGUACAAUAAGAAAUAUGCUGCUUGAAAACUGAUUUAAGGCUAUUUAGUUUGUAUAUUUUGACAUGUAAUGUUGACAAUUUGUGUUGUAAUGGCUAUAAAGCUUUAAUUUUUUGA